GACAUUUUGGUUGCUAAUGUUUUGAUGUUUUGAUGAUAAUUAUGAUUGCAGAAAAAAAUAUCAGUUAACCAUUACUGUAAACUAUAAAGUCUAGCCAUUUUUUAAAAAAAAAACUUUAAAAAUUUUCUUCAUAAAUCACAAUCGAAAAAAAAAUUAAAAUUUGAAGAAAAUUUGAUCUAAACAGCAAUAACAAAAAAAAAAUGUCAAAUCAACAAUUUUAUCCACAAGGACCACCACCACCUGGAUAUGGUUCAUAUCAACCACCACCUCCACCUGGUUUUACAUCACAACAACCUUAUGGUCAAGGACCACCACCACCUGGUCAACCAAUAUUUCAACAACCACCACCACAACCAUAUUAUCCUCAACAACAACAACAACCACAAGUUGUUGUUGUACAUGAUAAUCAAAAUAAUCGAAGUGGUGGUGGUGUUUCUACAUCCGAAUGUUGUCUAUUUGCAUUAUGUGCAUUCUGUUGUGCUGCUUGUUGUUGUAAUGAUUAAAAUAAAAUCCACUGAUUGAACGGAAACGAGAAAAAGAAAAAAAA